CGGUCACCGCCUUUCUUUCUUCGCCGUAUAAAGCAGCGGUUCAAGGGACCAAAAACUUCGAUCUUUCGUCGGUAAACUUUGGGAGAAGAAGUGGAGAAAGCAGAGACGCAGGGCGAAGCGAUUUGGAAGCACGCUGGAUCGCAGAAAAAGAAAGACCUUGCAUACAUUCCAGAAGUCCUUCCUGAAAAAUUUGCUCAUAGUGAAGACACAUUUGAUUUGAUCAUGUAACUUUCCUUCCCAACCGUUUGAGUGCAACAACCUCUCUGCCAAACAACUAGUCAGGAGCGGUAUAGUUCUAUAGAGAUCUUCACCAGGGUUUAGCCAGUUGAGUCCUCUCAGCUUACCACUGAUAAAGAUAUCAAGCAGUCUCUAGGUGGUCUUCCAAUUGGUAUUCAGUUACAAUCAAACUGCCUUCUUGCAGUUUCUAGUCAGAGCAUGAGGAAUGCACUACAAAAGAUUGAGACUGCUUUGAUGGAACAUGAUGCUGUUGAACCAACUCCUAGCUCUAGUCAUGAGUUGAAUGACAGCAAACAGCCCUUGCUUGCAAAACAGCGGUCGAGCACGUGGAGCCAUGAAACCCAACUGGAAUCUCCUGAAAGCAAACAACCCUUGCUUGCAAAGCAGCGGUCGAGGACAUGGAGCCAUGACACCCAACUGGAGUCUCCUGGAAGCAAACAGCCCUUGCUUGCAAAGCAGCGGUCGAGCACAUGGAGCCGUGAAACCCAACUGGAGUCUCCUCAAAGCAAGGAACCCUUGCUUGCAAAGCAGCGAUCGAGGACAUGGAGCCGUGAAACCCAACUGGAGUCUCCUGCUGUAGUCCAGUCUCUCUCUGGCAAACAGGUGAGUCUAAGCCAUGAAGUCCGUCCGGAGAAAAAACUUCGAGAAAUGAACCCUCUAGGUGGUAAUGUGAAACAGCUUUUGCUUCAAUGUGCUGAAGCUGUAUCAGAGAAUAAAUCAGAGGAAUUCAAGUUAUUUGCUGAAGAAGUCCGCAAUGCUGUUUCCAUCACCGGAGAGCCUAUUCAGCGUCUUGGUGCUUAUAUGCUAGAAGGACUUGUGGCAAAACAGGAGUCUUCAGGUACCAACAUCUACCGUGGUAAGUACCGUGAGCUGGACAGCAACAAGCUUCUUUCAUACACACACAUCUUGUAUGAUAUCUGCCCUUACUUCAAGUUUGGAUAUAUGGCCGCAAAUGGUGCAAUUGCUGAAGCUCUAAAGAAUGAAGACAUGAUCCAUAUAAUAGACUUUCAGAUUGCUCAAGGAACCCAAUGGGUUACACUAAUACAGGCUUUCGCAGCAAGACCUGGGGGGCCACCACACUUGCGAAUCACAGGGAUCAAUGAUCCAUCAGCAGACCAUGCGCGAGGAGACAAUCCGAAUCUAGUUGAGAAUUUGUUUUCUGACAUGUCCAAGAAGUUCAACAUUCCCCUGCAGUUCCGCAGCCUAACUGUGCACGGACCCGAGGUCACAAGAGAAAUGUUGGACAUCAGAACUGGGGAAGCGCUCGCUGUGAACUUCACUCUUCAGCUACACCACACCCCGGAUGAGAGUGUCGAUGUGAACAACCCUCGUGACGGCCUGCUCAGAAUGAUAAAGGGAUUGUCACCCAAAGUAACUACUCUGGUCGAGCAAGAGUCAAACACCAACACAACACCUUUCCUGACAAGAUUCUCAGAGACAUUGGAUUAUUACUCCGCGAUGUUUGAAUCUAUCGACGCAACUUUAGCAAGGGAUAGGAGGGAGCGGAUAAGCGUGGAACAGCACUGCCUGGCGAAGGACAUAGUUAACAUCAUCGCCUGUGAAGGCAAGGAGCGAGUGGAGAGGCAUGAGCUGCUUGGGAAGUGGAGAUCCAGACUCACCAUGGCAGGUUUCAAGCCCUAUCCACUGAGCUCCUAUGUGAACUCCGUGAUAAAGACUCUGUUGGGUCACUACUCUGAUAAAUAUACAGUGUUGGAGAAGGAUGGCGCAUUACUUCUCGGAUGGAAGAACAGGAACCUGAUCUCAGCGUCAGCGUGGCACUGAUCUAAGGACCCUCUUAACACGGUUUAGAUUAGUUUCUUGCAUAAACAACAUCCACGUAAUGGCAUAUGGAGCUUGAUCAAGCGGCUUGUUUGAUUUCUUCCGCUUCAUUUACAUUCUGCCAAUGCUGCAAACUGUCCUAGUACACUUGUAAUCUUAUCUUGUUAAUUAGAAAAAACUACUUGAGAGCUU